UGCUGCGAGUGUACGUGCGUCUGCGUACUGUAUUUGUUUGUGUGCGUCUGUACACCAGACGCUCAUCCACGCUGGGUCGUGGGCAGUUUGAUUGUGUUUGGGUGCAUCACUGCGCCUGUAUCUGAGAAUGUGCCAGGACUCUUUUUUUUUUUUUUCCAAGUUAAUCCCUUAAGAAGAGGUGUGGUUCUCUCUCUCUCGGCUCUCGCUCUCCUCUCCGUCCCUCUCUCUGAGCGCUGUACCAUCACUUGUUCUCUCGUUCCUCCCCUCCUCUCAUCUUUUCCUUGUGCUGUCGUGAUUGCUGUGGCCGCUAGUCUGAGGGACUCCUUCCUCUCAGCCUGUCAUCUCUGCAUCUUUCUCUCAUCUGCUUUCGUUCCUGUGUGAGAUGAGUUCUUGGGGCGAGAUGGGGGAGGCCAUCGAACUCAGUACCAGGGAGCACGUGACCCCGGAGAUGAACAAGCUUCGUCAGAGCCUGAGGAGGAAGAAGCCCACCUAUGUGCCAGAGGCCAGCAGACCGCAUCAGUGGCAGGCAGACGAGGAGGCUGUACGCAAGGGCAAAUGCAACUUUCCUGUUCGGUACCUGGGGUUGGUGGAGGUGGAGGAGUCGAGAGGGAUGCAUGUAUGCGAGGAGGCAGUGAAGAAGCUGAAAGUUAGUGGGAAAAAGACAGUAAAAGCAGUGCUGUGGGUUUCAGCCGAUGGACUCAGGGUGGUUGAUGACAAAACUAAGGACCUCAUCGUGGACCAGACCAUAGAGAAGGUUUCAUUCUGCGCUCCUGAUCGUAAUUAUGACAAGGCCUUCUCCUACAUCUGCAGAGACGGGACUACCAGACGGUGGAUGUGCCACUGCUUCAUGGCUCUGAAAGACUCGGGGGAAAGACUGAGCCAUGCAGUCGGCUGUGCCUUUGCCGCCUGUCUGGAGAGGAAGCAGCGCAGGGAGAAGGAGUGCGGCGUGACGGCUUCCUUUGACGCCAGUCGCACUUCAUUUGUGCGUGAGGGCUCCUUCCGUGGCAGCUCUUCCUGCAGCCAGCAGGGCAGCAGCAGUGAGCGAGAUGACAAGCUGCAGGAUAAGAAGAAAGAUCAGCCCUCAGUCAUCCCAGCCCUUCCACCUGGCACCGCCUCCCCACCCGAAGGUGCGGCGUCCCCCAUGGAUCGCCCAGAACCAGGCGGGCCCCAUGCCAUCCCUCGUCGCCACGCGCCAAUCGAGCAGCUGGUUCGUCAAGGCUCAUUUCGGGGAUUUCCGGCCCUCAGCCAGAAGAACUCUCCCUUCAAGAGGCAGCUGUCACUGCGUCUCAACGACCUGCCAUCCACACUGCAGCGCAAGACCGACUUCCAGGACAAGAACCCUGUACCAGAGAUGGACAUGGGAUUGCCAUGUGAGGGAGACAGCAGUAUUAAUGCCCUGUGUAGCCAGAUCAACACCUCCUUCACUAAUCCAUCAGACGAGCUCUACUCCAACCCCUCCAUGUCUGCCAAUGGCCCUCCAGCCUGCACUGUGCCCCCUGCUCUGCCUCCACCACCUGCACCGCUGCAGGCCACCUCCUCCUGGGUCCAAGCAGAACCUCCACUCCACUCUCCUCCUCCUGUUUCCGUGGCGAUGCAGAUGCAGAUGCAGAGCGGCCACAGGCGCACGCCCUCCGAGGCUGAGAGGUGGCUGGAGGAGGUCUCCAAGGCGGUAAAGGCCCAGCAGACCCCUCCUCCAGGUCCCACCAUCCCCACCAUCCCCGGACCUCCCUCCAUUUCCAGCCAUCAGAUGUCCACUCAGGUGGUCAUUUCAGCUGCCCCAGUAUCUACUGUCCCCAUGUCUCUUGGCACCAUGUCCAAGCCUCUCAUCUCGGGCCCCUCUGCUCUUCCAGGUCAGGCCCCGAUGCCCCUCCCACCCAUGUCGAUAUCAUCUGUCCCUCUAAUACCAGGUCCUCCAGUGUCAGGUCCCCCAAUGUCUCUCCCUUCCAUGUCCAUCCCCACCAUGUCGGGUCCCAGCAUGUCAGGGGCCCCCAUGCUGCAGCCCUCCCUCCCUGGACCCCCAGGCUCCCUUCCAAGCUCCAUGCAGCCCUUUCCUUUGGCUUUUGAUGCCACUCCGGCCCCUGUGGGGAUGUUCGCCAGCCAGCCUGUCCAACCUGCUUUCAUGCCCAUGCAGACCUACAUGCCAGGUCUGGCGAGCAGUAUGACCUAUCCCAAUGCCAGUGUGCCUGUGGUAGGCAUCACACCAUCGCAAAUGGUGGCCAACGUUUUCUGCACUGCCACAGGCUCAUCAGGUGCAACAGGUGCUAUGGGUUCGGCCGGAGGAGGGUCCAAAGUGGCGGGUCUCCAUUCCUAUCCGGGCACAUCUGGUGCAGUUGGGCACAGUGGAGGAUUUUCCACUCCUCCAUUUUCCUCCACUCCACCGUUAUCAACAGCCAUCAAUGGCCUCCCGCCCCACAGCAGCGCCACAUCGGCCCUCCAGAACGGGACCAUGGGCAGCGGUGGGAACGGUGGCAGCAGUAGCAGCUGGCCGCCAGAGGGCAGCCAGCUAACAGCGCCGAUGGUAAGCGAUUCUCAAGACGACGACCGCUUUGAGGCAAAGUGGGCGGCACUGGAGUCAAAACCAGCGUCUCAACAGCCUGGAAACAAGGCGCCAGCUGCAGCAGCCAACCCUUUUUCCAACAAUCUGCAGAAGACUUUUGAAAUUGAGCUCUAAGCCAGACUUGGCCUCCCAAAGCUGCAGCAUUAGUCCUGGAGAUAAAGCCUGAGGCCUAACUCCAGCAUCUUUGCUUCAAAUGGGAUGCAGGUCCUUAAAGUUAGUUGAGCGUCCGCCCCGUGCAGCCUAGCAAUUUACUAAAAGCUCUCAUAGGAGUCAAUGCUACAAUGAUCUUAAUUGCUUUCUUUACACUCCCAUGUGAGAGAGAGACAAACUUAGCAGCUUGCUGGGCUGCUAUCGGAGGAUCAGGUCUCUAGCUCUCUAGACUCGAUGGACUGAAUCCUUCCACUCCACCCGCUACCUGGCUCUCUUCCCUGCUUUCACUUCUCCACUCUGGCUUUACUUUACCUGCUGCAAGCCCCUGGAUGUACUGCAUGUGCCUCCUCUGGGAACAUUGUGGUGGGGGACACAGUUCAGUGGUUUCUUUCUUUAAAAGGGGACUCCACUCAGAUGCAUUCCAAUCCCAUGAGCUAUUUUUGGCAGUUUUUGCUUGAUUUUGGGUGGAGAGACUUUAGCAGAUGUGGUUACAUCACACAAGAUGUGCAGAGAAGCAGAGAGGCGGUUUGUUGACUGAUGAACAGAUUGAUGCUGAUCUUAGCCAAGCACAGCAGAAGUUUGGAUACCUGAAAGGACCAGCCAUUGAUGUGAGACUCAACCCUACCAACCCAAAAGGACUUACUGACCAAUAGUAGAGAUUUAUGGCCAAAAUGAUUUUAUUUAUUGUAUUUUAUUUUUUAUUUUAACAAGUUACGUGUACUUAAAAAUCAAAAUUUUAAAGCAGUGUUUCAGGAGCAUGUUGUUUUUUUACCCCCUAUAUUUAUUUUUGUUGAAUCGUGCAGAGUGGGGACACUACAGGUAGCAGACAGCGAACAGGUGUGGUUGGGCAGUAGUACAGGGAACGCAUUGUGGGAAACCAUGUAACAGGAACCAAAUAGUCAGGGCUGACAGUACAGCUGUGUAGUGUGACAUGUCAGACAAGUGUAUAUAGCGGCAUGUUUCUUCCGCCCUCACGUAUAUAUGCUCCACUGCACUGCGGCAGAGGCCAGUCGAGUCAGUACGGCUUCACUUUGGCUGUGCAGCCCAUUUUCUGUUGCUAACGCCGAACUUCAAGGGCACCGGGACAUGAAAAAUCACUUCAGGAUCUCCAGCACACAGACACUCUGGACAAUACAGCACAGCAGUCCUCUGGACUCCAUCCUCACAAACCCAAGGAACUUGAACAACUCAGUGGAAUUAUAAAAAGGAAAACUGAACAACACUGUGCAACUGGUUAAAAAAUAAUGCACUACAUUCCAACAUUCAUAAAUCCUUUUAUGUGUUCAGACACAGGGUAUAGUCUCAUCACGUGCAGUAUGAUUGUGAAUUCACCGCUACUGUACCAGCUGCAGUAGUGUUCCACUCAGAACAGGCUUUUGGACAGAUGAUGUGAGGUGAAAAGAGACGAGGAACAUGAGCAGAUACAAACUCAGGCACGGAGAGUGAAACAAGAUUCAAUCGAGAGAAAAAAUGUACCAGUAGAAGCGUAGAUUGGCUAGAGAGGAAGGAAGGAUACGCUGUAUGUGAGCAACUGGAGGAGAGAAUGGAGCCAUACCUUUACAGAACGAGACGGAGGAAGUUUGAGGAAAGGAAAAUUAGAUAAGAUAAAAGUGGGAGGCAGAUUGUGCGGAAAUAUUGACAACAAAGACACAUUCAUCACAAGCACAGUUUGCCGUCUUUAUUUCUCGAGGCCAAGCUGCUUUCAUCUGAGCAUCAUAUUCCUCUUAAAACCUCAAAAACACUCUUGAUCAUAUAUUAAAAAACGUGGCUGAUUGUAUAACUGCAAUCCCAUAAGCAAGGUUUUGUUUGUGCAACUCCAUCUAUAGUAAAAACUCCAAUGCUGUCAAGAAAAUGUUCUUUUCAAGAAGAUGCAACGUUACAAAACGUCAAGUAGAAAUGUUCUUUACUGAAGGGCUUUUCCACGGGUUGUUUCUAUACGUUAUAUAAACUACAAUCCAACCAGAGACGCUCCUGUUAUGUUCCUUGGGAACUGAAUUGUAUGGAAGUGGACUGCCACUGAUUAGAUUCCCUGCUCAUUAACUCCCCACAGUUUAAUUAGUUUAUUUGGUCUCUUCCUGUGGCAGCGACCCCCUCUGAUGGGCUCCAUGUUCAGAGACUAAAUUUAUGAGCCGCUGGCCUAAUUUAUGCCAUCCAGGUUUUAGUCAUUUGUUUUCUAUAUUUCUUCUUUUCUGAACAAAAUCCAAACUGCUCUUUCUACCUUCCUUUCUCUACAAAACCUGACCAAUUCACUCAUGAAAUUUACUUUCUUUUGAAAUAUAUUUUAGCUCCCUACUCUUGUUUGCACGCCCUCCAAAUUAUAAAUGUAGGUUAAUUGUGUUCCGCGUUAAAGCAAACUAAAUGACCUCAUAAACUUGAUUGUAAAACCAUAGUUUAGUGAUGGUAACAAAGCAAACCAGUGGAGUUUAUUUUUAAUCUUUAUUUACAGAAUUUUUGUAUUUAAACCAACAUAUUUGUAUUGUAAUUACAUUGUACAAAAGAUAAAUAAAGUAAUAUAAUAUUA